CCCCUCCCGCGGCGCCGCGCGCUCGCGGACAGUCGGCGCGCGAGCCGGGCCGGGCCGGCGCCCCUCAGCCUCGAGCGCUUGUCGCGUUGCCCCGGGCUCCGGGGGAUGCCCCCGGCCGAGCCCUUCUCAUGGCCGCCGACGUCUUCACGUGCUCCCCGCGCCGGCCCCGCAGCCGGGGCCGCCAGGUGCUGCUCAAGCCCCAGGUGCCUGAGGACGACGACGACUCGGACACGGAUGAGCCGUCCCCGCCGCCCGCCUCCGGCGCGGCCACCCAGUCCCGGGCCCACGCGAGCGCCGCGCCACCGCCGCCUCGGGCCGGGCCGGGCCGCGAGGAACCUCCGCGCCGGCAGCAGAUCAUCCACAGCGGCCACUUCAUGGUGUCGUCGCCGCACCGAGAGCACCCGCCCAAGAAGGGCUACGAUUUCGACACGGUCAACAAACAGACGUGCCAGACCUACAGCUUCGGCAAGACUAGCUCCUGCCACCUGUCCAUCGACGCCUCGCUCACCAAGCUCUUCGAGUGCAUGACUUUGGCCUACAGUGGGAAGUUGGUGUCUCCAAAGUGGAAGAAUUUCAAGGGCUUGAAGCUGCAGUGGAGAGACAAGAUCCGGCUCAAUAAUGCCAUCUGGCGGGCCUGGUACAUGCAGUAUCUGGAGAAGCGCAAGAAUCCUGUAUGCCACUUUGUGACACCCCUGGACGGCUCUGUGGAUGUAGACGAGCACCGCCGGCCGGAGGCCAUCACCACGGAAGGGAAGUACUGGAAGAGCCGCAUCGAGAUUGUGAUCCGGGAGUAUCACAAGUGGAGAACCUACUUCAAGAAAAGGCUACAGCAGCACAAGGAUGAAGACCUCUCCAGCCUGGUCCAGGACGAUGACAUGCUGUAUUGGCACAAGCACGGGGAUGGAUGGAAGACCCCCGUCCCCAUGGAGGAGGAUCCUCUGCUGGACACAGACAUGCUCAUGUCGGAAUUCAGCGACACCCUCUUCUCCACGCUUUCUUCACACCAGCCGGUGGCCUGGCCCAAUCCCCGGGAAAUAGCACAUCUGGGAAAUGCAGACAUGAUCCAGCCGGGACUGAUUCCUUUGCAGCCUAACCUGGACUUCAUGGACACCUUUGAGCCUUUCCAGGACCUCUUCUCUUCUAGCCGCUCCAUUUUUGGCUCCAUGCUACCUGCAUCUGCCUCAGCACCUGUUCCAGAUCCCAACAACCCACCUGCACAGGAGAGCAUCCUGCCAACCACAGCCCUCCCCACCGUGAGCCUUCCUGACAGCCUCAUCGCACCCCCUACUGCCCCAUCCCUGGCUCACAUGGAUGGGCAGGGCAGUGAACACACCUCCCGGACUGAGGACCCGUUUAUCCAGCCCACGGACUUCGGUCCCUCAGAGCCGCCACUGAGUGUCCCGCAGCCCUUCCUCCCCGUCUUCACCAUGCCCCUGCUGUCUCCCAGCCCCGCCCCACCGCCCAUCUCCCCUGUGUUACCGUUAGUUCCUCCUCCUGCCACUGCCCUGAACCCCCCGGCUCCACCCACCUUCCAUCAGCCACAGAAGUUUGCUGGAGUCAACAAAGCACCGUCUGUCAUCACCCACACGGCCUCUGCCACCCUCACCCACGACGCCUCCGCCACCACCUUCAGCCAGAGUCAGGGCCUUGUGAUCACCACCCAUCACCCUGCCCCGUCAGUGGCGCCUUGUGGGCUGGCACUGUCUCCUGUCACCCGGCUUCCCCAGCCACGGUUAACUUUUGUGCACCCCAAACCUGUAUCCUUGACUGGGGGCAGGCCUAAGCAGCCCCACAAAAUAGUGCCUGCUCCCAAAUCAGAGCCCGUGUCCUUGGUGUUGAAGAACGCCUGCAUCGCCCCAGCUGCCUUUUCAGGCCAACCACAAGCGGUGAUCAUGACGUCAGGGCCUCUGAAGAGAGAAGGGAUGUUGGCCUCCACCGUGUCCCAGUCCAACGUGGUCAUUGCGCCUGCUACCAUCGCCAGGGCUCCUGGGGUCCCGGAGUUCCACAGCAGCAUCCUGGUGACAGAUCUCGGCCAUGGCACGAGCAGCCCGCCUGCCCCCGUCUCCCGGCUCUUCCCAAGCACAGCGCAAGACCCCCUGGGGAAGGGCGAGCAGGUCCCGCUGCAUGGGGGCAGCCCCCAGGUCACUGUCACAGGGCCUAGUCGGGACUGCCCAAACUCAGGGCAGGCCUCUCCGUGUGCAUCGGAGCAGAGCCCCAGUCCUCAGUCUCCCCAGAACAACUGCUCAGGGAAAUCUGACCCCAAAAAUGUGGCUGCACUAAAGAACCGGCAGAUGAAGCACAUCUCAGCUGAGCAGAAAAGGCGCUUCAACAUCAAGAUGUGCUUUGACAUGCUCAACAGCCUCAUCUCCAACAAUUCCAAGCUGACCAGUCACGCCAUCACACUGCAGAAGACCGUGGAGUACAUCACCAAGCUGCAGCAGGAGAGGGGCCAGAUGCAGGAGGAGGCCCGGCGGCUGCGGGAGGAGAUUGAGGAGCUCAAUGCCACCAUCAUCUCCUGCCAGCAGCUGCUCCCUGCCACGGGAGUCCCUGUUACCCGGCGCCAGUUUGAUCACAUGAAAGACAUGUUUGACGAAUACGUGAAAAGCCGGACCUUGCAGAAUUGGAAGUUCUGGAUUUUCAGCAUCAUCAUCAAGCCGCUGUUUGAGUCGUUCAAGGGCAUGGUGUCCACCAGCAGCCUGGAGGAGCUGCAUCGGACGGCGCUGUCCUGGCUGGACCAGCACUGCUCCCUGCCCAUCCUCAGGCCGAUGGUAUUGAACACGCUGCGGCAGCUGAGCACCUCCACCUCCAUCCUCACAGACCCCGCACAGCUGCCAGAGCAGGCGUCCAAGGCUGUCACCAGGAUCGGCAAGAGAUUGGGAGAGUCCUAGCUGCUUAGCUGGCAUGUGGCCGCAUGAGAUGCCAGGAGACCCUUCCCUGCCCAUGGAGAGUAGGCUGCGCCCCCCAGCCCUUCCUGACGCUCAGCCUCGGGGCCUCUCUCCAACUCUGCCGGCCCACCGUGGCGUCGGGAGGCCAUGCUCAGGUCUGAAGCAGGUUCCGGGCCUGCUGACAGCAAUAGCCUGCCUUCGGGAACUGCUGUGAACUCUCUCACUCAGUGACCUCAGUCACCAACCUCCUCUGCCCUCGGGGCAGCCCACACAAAAGGGAAGUGCUGGCCGUGCUGGUCCUGCCCUACUGGUGGCCUGCCGGGCCUGGCACCAGUGAGCGGAAUCGAUGGGAUGAGGGUGACAGGGCCUGCUCCUGUCCUGAGGCCCAGCCUUGUCCCUCCUGCCAUGUCCUGUCCACAUGCAUGCCUCUGCCUGAUGCCCUGCUCCACUCUCUGGUCUGCCUGUGUGGCAGUUGGAAGGUGUCUUUCUUUCUCCCCUCAACUCUGACUGUGCCCGGCCCUUGUGGAUGGACUUGGGCUUCUAUUCAGGCUUAUGCAUGGCAGGCUGCCAGGGGGAAGUGCCUUCUUCAGAGGCCCUCCAGGACACAUGUGUGCAGAAACGGUGGAUGUGGGACACACAGGACCAGAAUGGAAGCGUGUGAUGCACGAUGGCUGCUCUGGCUGAGAGGCCCUGCUGGGCAUGUUUCAUCUGUCCCCUUUUAGCUCCACCUGACGUUGCAGGAUCCACGGGACUCAGCCCAGGGCCUUCUUGGAUGUCACCUCACCGCCGUGGCCCUUCUGCCGUUCUUCUCCACUUGGCUCCAGCUGCAACUGUUGACAGAUCAAGCAUGUCCAGUGGGAGCUUAGAACCCUGAAGUUCUAGUGUCUGAAAGAUCAGACUCCAUGUCCUGCUGUCAGCCUUGUCAUCUUGUCUGAUGUCUUUCAGCUGGGAGCCCCAAACCAGGACAGUUUUUGGACCAAAGAUGCCCCCACACUCAAAAGUCUGUCCCGUCUUGUGUUUGAAGAAGGAAACAAUGUUGGCGGGCAGCACUCUAUGGUGGUUAGCCUUCAGAGCUGUUUCUAGGCAUCUCAGAUCAGACAGCAAAGAAUCUACCCAGAUCUGGGCUGGGUGGAGGCAUGGCUGGGCUGGGGGCCAUUCUGAGCCUGCAGCAAGAGGUUGGCCCAGCCUCAGUCCUUGCCCUUCUCUGGCUGCCUCUGCAGGGAGCUGCAGGGGCAAGCACUCUCUCCAGCACUCAGGAAGCCCGGUUGAGGGUACCUCCUCGUGGAAAGAACGCGCUUUAAAGCUCUGCUGAGGAGUUCGGAGCCCAGGCUUUCAGGCGACCUCUGCCCUCCCUGCCUCUCCUCGCCCUCCCUCUCUGCCUGCAGGGCCUGGGAUGGGCUUUGAGGGAGCCUGGGAGCCAUGUGAAGAGGGGCACCCCUGGGCUGUCCCCAAAUUUUAGAUCCAGUUAGAGGUUCUCCCUGGCUCCUGCAGGCCUGCGGGGAUCUCUCCCCACUUCAGGCCUCCGGCCAGCUGCCUGCCCCCUUGUCUAUGCUUCAACCCUGCACAAAAGCAGCUUGGUGACACCACUCAGCCACCCAGAGCGCAUGUUGACAGGCUUUCCAGAUCACCUUCCUGUGGGGUGAACGUAAGAUGAGACUGGGCUGGUCCUUGGAAUUUCCCCUAGGAAAUGGUAAUAGACUCCAUUCUUGACCCAGGGGUAAGCAUGAAGGCAUUGUCCCAAAGGCAGAGGCCACCGUGGUAGGAAUUCCACCAAGGCCAGAAGGGAAAAAGGAAGAACCCACCAUGUCCGGCUGUGCGGGCCCUGGGGAGGGUCACGAGUGCAGCCCCUCUCUACUUCCGUGCCUUUGUAAAACGUGUAGAUAACCGCAGUGGUUGGCUGAGCCAAGAACUCUCCUAAAUCAGUGGCUUUCUCCCCACCCCUUGCUGGGGAGUCAUUUUUUUAAAACUCCGUGGGAUAUAAAACUGGCCUCCUGCUGCUUCAGCCUACCUCUCCCUCUGCUGACUUAAUGUCGUGAUUCUGUUUCUUCAGAUAUUUAAGGCUGUUAGGUUGUGUGAGCCUUAAAGAGUGUGUGUGUGUGUGUGUGUGUGUGUGUCCCAGCGACUGUCCACUGUCCAGGAGAUGCAUGUCUUUGUAUUGGAGAUAUUUCUGUAACUCACUUGGUGCUCACGAUGCCAUGGCCAUAGGGCCACAGUGCCGUAUCUGCUGCAGACAUGAUUAUUUCUUGUUCUAGAGGUUUUCUUGUUUUCGAAUCUUGCCUGAUGAAUCCAGCCAGACCAAGAGGCCUAGAUUUGACCUCUGUCCUGGGCUCCUGGGCCAGGUGCAGGGACAUCUGAGGCCACUCUGCUGGCCACCUCCAGUGGGUGCUGACCACAGGAUGGGCUUUGUUUACACUCAUUUUCACCCUGAUUCUUGCCCCCACUUUCAUAAAAGAAACUUCAAAAUGCUGACGCUUUGGAGAGUAAGAAGAUCAAUCUUGGCCGGGUGCAGUGGCUCCUGCCUGUGAUCCCAGCACUUUGGGAGGCUGAGGCUGGAGGAUCACUUGAGCUCAGGAGUUGGAGACCAAUGCUGGCAACUUAACAAGACCCUGUCUCUACAAAAAAAAAAAAAAAAAAAAAAAAAUUUAGCUGGGUGUGGCAGUGAGUGCCUGUGGUCACAGCUAGUUGGGCCUGAGGCUGGAGGAUUGUUUGGGCCUAGAAGUUGCAGUGAACUAUGAUCAUGCCACACUGUACUCCAGCCUGGACGACAGAGUGAAACCUUGCCUCUAAAUAAAAGAAAAUAGAGGCCGAGUGUGGUGGCUCAUGCCUGUAAUCCCAGCACUUUGGGAGGCCAAGGCGGGUGGAUCACCUGAGGUCAGGAGUUCACGACCGGCCUGACCAACAUGGUGAAACCCUGUCUCUACUAAAAAUACAAAACAUUAGCUGCAUGUGGUGGUGCAUGCCUGUAAUCCUAGCUACUUGGGAGGCUGAGUCAGGAGAAUCAGUUGAAUCUGGGAGGCGGAGGUUGCAGUGAGCCAAGAUUGUACCACUGUACUCCAGCCUGGGUGACAGAGCGAAACCCUAUCUCAAAAAAAAGAAAAAAAUAGAAAAUCCAAAAAGAAAAACCAGAAGGCCUGCUGGCUUAUAAAUCCCUGGGCGGGUUUCUGAGAAAUCGCCCUGUGCUGUCAGUCCCUGCACUGCACUGCUGCCUUCUGUAGUGGGUGGGAGACCCCAGAGCAGGGCAGGCGCCACUGAGGGCCUUUCUUGGAGUCGGCCAGCAGGCCACGCAGCAUCCGGGCAGGCUGGCUAGCCGCUGCCUUAGGACAUCUCUACUUUGGAGGAUUUUACCACAGGAAGCAACAGCAGCGCUGGCCGUUGGUGCUGAUGACAGCAUUGGGUCUGGUUGAGGGGAUGGGGCUGGAAAGUGGCAGACCCCCCAGCGCUGCGCAUGGUCCCGGAGCCGUCAGCCAGGGGAGUGGGGUCAGCGGUCAGCCAGCCCUCCCGUUUCUUGCCCAUGGGCCCUGACCACACUCCCUUUUCUAGAAGUCAAUCCUAAGGUUUCUCUGCUCUGGCUAAGAGGAUGUAAAUUUGGAUUCUUAGAGGACAUGGCACCCCCAGUCCCUGCCCAGAUAAAGGAGCACAGUGGCAUGCAGCACCUCUGUCUGUUGCUGGGGUGGGGGGGCUCGCGCACCCACCUCAUCUCCGUGCACAGCCGUGACUGGCCCCGCCGGCAGCUAGGGUGCAGGUAAGGGUCUCUCUCAGAGAGGGGAGCUGCAGCUGAGAACUGGCGAGGCCCCUUCCUCCAAGGCCCUAGCUGGCCCCUGGGCAAACCUGAGGUGGCAGGUUCAGGUUUUCAAGAUGGCGAGAUCUCGCUGUCUGCUGGACAGGAUGUUAUGCUCUCAGAACUCGUGGGAGUGGAGCUGGGCCUGUCCCGGGCCAGUGGACCCCUGUGUGUGGGGGAUUUGGGGUGCUGUGGGCCUGGUUCUGCACUGGCAGAUGGACCUUGCUUUGGUCCAGCUCUUUCCUUACCCUGGCUCCGACAUGGGAAGGCUUGGAGGGCCCCUCUCAUCACCUCCAUUCGCUCUCAGCUGUCCCUUUCCCUUGUCGCCUGGCCCCUGCCUCGCCCACCUGAGGCCUCCUAGCAGGCAGCCUGGGUGUGAAUUGAACCUCUCUCUUUUCCUUCUGGUGGGAAAGUGGCCUUUCCCUCGACACCUGCUCCCCAGCCCCAGAGGAACCCACCUGUUUUGGAGCUCAGCUUGGCCCAGCGUUUCCUUGGGGAAGGGAAAUGAGGGCUGGACAGCACUGAUCUGGGCAGGCAGCGUGUGCAGCAGUGGCCAGCCGGGGUGCCAAAGAUGCACGGGGAUGUGGCAUGUGGCUCCGCGCCCUUGACAUCUCUGCUUUGGAGGAUUUUACCUUGUCUGCACACCUGUCAGGGGAGAGGGGACAGCAAGGUGGGAGGUUGAAGAGCUCAGCAGCAUGUUUGUGGCAUUCAGUGGACACCAUGGCCUUGGGCGACUGGACGGGUUUUUGUGAUGUGAGGGACACACAUGGGGCACGUGGUAAGCUUGGCAAGGGCUCCAGGAACGCUGACAAAGCGUUUUAGGACCCCCACCCCCAUGCCUGUACCAGGGCUGGCCUCCAGAGUGGGUGAGGACAGAGUAGCUGUAGGCUUUUCAUUCUGAGGUCUUGGCCCCCCUGGCCACCGCAUGGGACUCUGCUUGUCAGAGCUUGCAAAAAUCAACCUUCGAGAAAGAAAAGGGAACUCUUCACGUUGAAUGUUGACUUUGUGUGUAUGUGUGUGUGUGUGCACGCGUGCAUGCACUUGCACAAGCUUGCGUGUGCGUGUUUACUUCAUGGAAUUUUGUUUUGUGAAAUUCCCCUCCGAUCGUGUCAGAAUUUACCUCCAUGCCCCAGUCACACUGUUGGUUCUGCGCGCUGAACCUGGGUGUAGCUCAUUUGAAGGACUCUCUUCUGCGUUUCCUAACAGUUAUUUGGUGGUCUCAAGAGUUGAGGUUGUGGAGGGUUGGGAGAAACUGAAGUUCUAUACAUUUCCAUAGAGUUUACAUCCUGCAGUUAAAAGGCAGGAAGGGCUCAGCCCGGGCCCCACAGCUCCAGGCCAUCCCCGACGGGCCGCCCACAGUGCCCCCGUUUCUCUAGCUGAAUUUUUUUCGAACAGCCCGGGAAGGGAAAACGGAUUCGCUUGCUGAUUUUGUUAACAGUGGAAGCACCAUGUUCUGUACCUUUUUCAGGUUCAGUUUGUUGUGUAAAUGGCGGUUUUUUCUGGUGUGAGCUUUGGUGAUUGUGGCAGGGCUCCUUUGAGGAGACGGUUCCACCUCGUGGUCUGAAGAACAAACCGGAGAAGAGUCUGGUUUGGCCAGAGGCCCCCUCCAGCCCAUGUCACCCUGAGUACACCCCUCUGAUGCUCUGCUGUCAAGAAGCACGUUUCCACCAGCUGUAUUCAACACUACAAUGCAUUUUUUAAACUAUUUGCAUCCAAGACAAUAAAGAAACCUUAUUUUUUUUUUAAAAGCC